AUGCCCAAUCUGCUGUGUUCUACAAACUUUAUGAACCACCUGCAGGAUAGAUUUGCAGACGACACCACCCUCAUUGGACUCAUCUCCAACAACGAUGAGUCCGCCUACAGGAGGGAGGUGGACCGGCCGGUGUCCUGGUGCAGUGGUAACAACCUGGAGCUGAACGCCCAGAAGACAGUGGAGAUGAUUGUGGACUUCAGGAAGAGCACUGUCCCCCCGCCCCCACCCUCCGUGAUGGACUCCCCCAUCACCUCUGUGGAGUCCUUCCGUUUCCUGGGCACCACCAUCACCCAGGACCUCAAGUGGGAGCCGACCAUCAGCUCCCUCAUCAAGAAGGCCCAGCAGAGGAUGUACUUCCUGCGGCAGCUCAGGAAAGCCAAGCUGCCUGCACAGAUGUUGGUGCAGUUCUACACGGCCAUCAUUGAGUCCAUCCUCACCUCCUCCAUCACCUCCUCCAUCACGUCCUCCAUCACCUCCUCUAUCACCUCCUCCAUCACCUCCUCCAUCACCUCCUCCAUCACCUCCUCCAUCACCUCCUCCAUCACCUCCUCCAUCACCUCCUCUAUCACCUCCUCUAUCACCUCCUCCAUCACCUCCUCUAUCACCUCCUCCAUCACCUCCUCCAUCACCUCCUCUAUCACCUCCUCCAUCACCUCCUCCAUCACCUCCUCCAUCACGUCCUCCAUCACCUCCUCCAUCACCUCCUCCAUCACCUCCUCUAUCACCUCCUCCAUCAUCUCCUCCAUCACCUCCUCCAUCACCUCCUCCAUCACCUCCUCCAUCAAGUCCUCCAUCACCUCCUCCAUCACCGUGUGGUUCGCUGGAGCCACAGUCAGGGACAAGCAGAGACUACAGCGCAUUGUGCGCUCUGUAGAGGAAGUGAUCGGCCGCAGCCUUCCAUCGCUGCAGGACCUCGCGGUCCGGAUCAGCCGAAAAGGAUGGCACACGCUGCUGAACUUCUGCUUCCACACGGCCCUGACCUUCGCCGUGUUCGCUGGAGGCAUCAAUCGAAUCAAACACCCCAUCAUCUGUCAGGCGGUGAGUGCGCGGCCUUUUCCACGGACCUGUUCUGCUCAACUUUCACAUGAAAAAUGA